CCGCCCCGCCGCUCCAUGUCCAGCCUACCUGCUCUCCAGACCCCGCCUCGUCUUCUCGUCCCGCCUACAGUCCCGCCUGUGUCUCCCCGCACGCACGUUGCUUCGCCCUACAACGCCCCAAGCCAUCUCGUGUGGUUCCGCUUGUUCGUAUUCCCACAGCGUCCCAGGUCCGCUUGUGCCUCCCCGGCCCAUGUCACCCCUGCCCCCUCCCCCUCCCCCCUCCAUGUCGCCCCUCCUCACGUCACUCACGCGACUGUCGCCGCGCACACGUCGCUCCGUCAACGUCGCCCCCGCUACACGUCUGUCCGCUGCACGUUGUCCCGCCCACGUUCCAGGGUCGGCAGUCGGGCUGAGGACAUGUGGGCGACGCUCAGGGGGCUGGGGGUCCCACACGCUAGGCUCCUGGGCGGCGCCCAAGGCCUGCACACCUCGCCAGUGUCCUAUGGCAAGAACCUGCUUAAGAAAUUUGCUUCGAAAACCAAGAAGAAGUUUUGGUAUGAAGGUCCUUCCUUAGGCUCUCACUUGACUUACAAGCCGUCACAGUUGGAAUUCCUAACGAAGAGUACAUCCAAAACGACCAGGAAGGAAGAUCACGUGCGCCUGAGGGCCCUUAACGGACUCCUUCACAAAGCGCUGACCGACAUGCUGUGUACCCCUGAAGUGAGCCAGGAGAUCUGCGACCUGAAUGUGGAGCUCUCUAAGGUCUCUCUGACUACAGACUUUUCUGCCUGCCGAGUGUUCUGGAGGGCGACACUCUCUGAGGCUCAGAACGCACACACGGAGGCCGUCCUGCAGAGGAGUGCUGCGCACAUGAGGCAUCUUUUGAUGUCCCAGCAGACUCUGAGGAGCAUGCCGCCAAUAGUGUUUGUUCAGGACAAAAAACAUGCAGCUGCAGUGGAGGUUGAUCAGUUAUUGGCAAUUGCUGAUUUUGGACCCGUAGAUGAAAAAGACAACUUUACACAAAAUGAUUUCAGGAACCCUGAGGCCCCUGACACCAUGUCGCCAUGUGACAGCUCUGGCCCUGCCAUGCACUCGAGUCUAUAUGGGAUUGAUCACGAGGCGCUCAACAAGCAGAUUGUGGAAUACAAGCAGAGGAGAGAGAAGGGGCAUGGGGGCAUGAGCCCCAUGUGGCCAGAGCGAGAGGCUGAGCCCACAAAGCACAUGAAGAGGAGGAGAGCCAGGCCCCAUGGGGACGAUGGCCUCUCUCCCCAGAACUGCCUGUGGGGAGACUGUGGUGAGCCCCUUCCUGAGGAGCAGGCCUCAGCAUACAAGUGGCGGUUCCAGGAAGCAGAGCAGGAACUGGAGGUGGAGAGAAAGGAUCAGGGCAACUGUUAGGGCUUUUGAAGGGAGUGGAUGGCGCACACAGAAGAGGAACUGGCCUGGAACACAUACAGCUGGUGCCUCCAGGAAGCCCCGUGCAGGCGCAGCCGAGCCGUGCCGACUGUGACUGCAUUGCUGUGGAGGCAGUGUAACCUGUGGAAAGUACGUGGAAAUGUCUUGGUUGGAAGCUGUAAUAGUCAGCCCUCCUUACUGGGCUCCAGAUCUGCAGGUCAGCCUGCUCGCUGGUUCUGCGGAGCCCCCAGGCCAGCACUUGUGGCGCUUUGUGGUCAUUCUCGGACACACACAGAGAAGUGGAAGCCUGGUUCGUGAAGUACACAUGCUCCCUUAGGUUCAAACAUGGUGCCGCCCCGCCUGCUGCUUUCAUCUCAUGCUGCAAAAACUUGUCCUCUGCAGUCUGGUCAGCCUCCUUGUGGUGCUGAAGUGCUGUCUAGUUUUCCUAAGUGCCUUUCAGAGAAAGCACCUGUGUUAGAUGCGCCACGUUAGGAAAUAAAUAAAUCACAUCUGACACAGGGAAAUAUAUUCUCUGGGGCUUGAGACCCCUCCAUGCCCCAAGAGUUAUCAGCCUGGAAAUACAGUGAUAUUAAGUAAGUUCAUUUUUUUUCUUCUUUUUUUUUUUUAGGGCCGCACCAUUGGCACAUGGAGGUUCCCAGGCCAGGGGUCCAAUUGGAGCUGCAGCUGCCAGCUCACGCCACAGCCACGGCAAUGCCAGAUCCAAGCCACGUCUGCAACCUAUACCACAGCUCAUGGCAAUGCCAGAUCCUCAACCCACUGCUGCGUGAGGCUAUGGAUCGAACCCACAACCUCAUGGUUCCUAGUUGGAUUCAUUUCCACUGUGCCAUGACGAGAUCUCCUUUUCCUUUUCUUUUUCUUUCUUUUUUUCUUUUUUAUAUGAGUUCAAGAUGAUUGGGAAAGGUAGACUAUUAAGAUAAAGCAAGGAAACUUGUAACACGGCUUUUCAGGAAGUGUAAUUUCCAUUCUUAUAAACUCUUUCGGGAAGGAAAGCAUUGUCCUUCAAGGAAAACUCUGCAUACCCCGAGCACUGUGUUCCGUCUGGGCAUCUGAGACCUAGUGCAGUGACCCAGCCUGGGUGUGGCACCAGGCAGCCCUGUCUUUGUUGGGACAGUGGCCCCCACUGAAGGGACAGCAUCACAGGGCAUGGGCUGACCACAGUGGAUACCCUGGGCUGCUGUUUGGGUGGCACUUGUGUGACCUUGCCUGCCCUGAAACAGUGCACGUAGCCUGUGUGUGGCUGCUUCCUUUAGUAGUGUGGGCUGCUUACACAGCCUUCUCUGCUGACCAGAGAAGCAAUAUGCAUGGGAAUUCCUGCUGUGGCACAGUGGGUUAAGACUGACUGCUGAGGCUCAGGUUGCUGUGGAAUGGGUUCAAUCCCUGCCUGGCCCAGGAACUUCCAUGUGCCACAGGUGUGGCCAGAAGAAGUAUCCAGAGGAAGGGUGGACCUGCAUUAAAAUGCAUAUGGAUUUGUUCUAAUCCAGUUUGGUAAGAUGGCAGACUUGGAAACAGCUGCCUGGGAAGAAUUCCAAGAGGAGGGAGAACCCCAUACUGCACAGGGUCCUGUGAGCAUCAGGAUUGACCAGGAGAUGGAGGAAGAGGCAAAGGCAAGGCCAGAACUUGUACUGUGGCUCCUGCAGGAGGGGGUGGGCUCAGUAGGGUAAGCAGGUUUGGGCAAGAUGAGGUUGGAUAGUUUAAGUAAUUUCAGCAGACUCUGGGCUGUGGGGUGAUUUCUGGUAUCCACUACCUGCCCUGGUGUGAUUUAGGGAAGAGGAAAUGCUGGCCUUGGACCACCAGAGCUGGGAGGGGGGUUGGGCUAGCUUUGGGUUGGUUUGCAUGUGAAUGGCAGGUUGGGGGCGGGGGUGUCACUUGCUGUGUCUGGGAGUUAGCCAGCAUGGGAAGGGGUCUUUUCCCAGCCUACAAGGCCCCCAAGAUGACAAAACACAAUAAAUGCAAAAAAUGGAAACUAUGAUUAAUCCUCCAA